AUGAAGUGCAAUGAUGGAGAUACGACGUCCACGUCUAAAUCACCUGCUUUGAAAAAGAAGCGGCGAAGGUCUGAGGAGGCCGCUGCACGUCACCGACAACGGUACUUGGAAAUACUUAAGCGCCGAGAGGAGUCGAAAUCCCACUGCUCAGAAUCGCAGGGACCAACUACGCGGCAAUCGACCACCCACUCGUCAUCAUCGGAUACAAAGCGCACGCUUUGCAAAUACUACUACCGAUCAGGUUCAUGCGUUCACGGAACCAAUUGCAGUUUUUCGCACGACUGUGUUCCUCUGACCUCGAAGGAUCUCAAACUCUGCCGGUACUACCUUCAAGGGCCAACAAAGUGUAGGUACUCUGCCUCUGACUGCAAGUACUCGCAUGAUCCAAGCCUGUUCAUAUGUCGUAAUAGUGUGGUGCUCGGCAAUUGCAACAAGGAGCUGCACUGCGACUUCAAGCAUUUAGACGCCGUAACGAUAUCCUCGCUGGAUGACGCUGAAAAAUUAAAGUUUUGCUACAACAACAAGCGUUUUUUAAAGGACUUGUUGUUACGCCACGUAGAAGGCGCAGCUGCAGAUGCCACAUCCGAUUUGCUGCGUGAGGAAUCCAGCUCUGCCAACCACGGAACAGUGCCGCGAAAGGUGUUGGAGCUUUCGCAGUCUGACCUGGCCGAUCUACCCUGGUACCUGCAGUUCGUACACACAUUACUGGUACGGGACCACGAAUUAAACGAAAAUGGAUAG